AUGUCAGACGGCCUCAGUGAUCAUUUGAUGACGCACUGGAUAUCACGAUAUGGUUGUCUGAUGACAUUCCAGUCGGACAAUAGGAAAGCCUUCGUGGGGGACCUGACAAAGGAACUGAUGAGGAGAUCGCAUAUUUCUCAAACGCAAUCAACAACCUACCAUCCUCAAACGAACGGAUUAGUGGAGAGGCAGAACAAGCUAAGGUUUUACAAACUACUACAGGGAGUUCAUCAAGGACUAUGCAGACAAAGUAUAUCCAAAGGUAAGCACAAAGGUAAGCAGCUCACGUGGAAUAACGCAGCGGAGGAAUCAUUUCCAAGAAUCAAAACGGAGUUGUGCGAAGCACCAGUGCUGGGGAUGCCCACGGAAAAGGGAAUGUACGUGCUGGACACGGAUGCAUCGGUGAUGGCGAUCUCUGGAAUACUCCACCAAGAACAGGAAUGGAACGGAAAGACAGUCGUGAGACUUAUAGCUUACGGGAGCAAAAUUUUGAGUGAUACAGAGAUGAAGUAUGGAGCACCCAAAGCGGACAUGUUCGCGGUAGUCACCUUUGUUGAAAAAUAUAGGGCAUACCUGGGUAGCGAGCCAUUCAAGCUGCGAGUCGACAACGGAGCAUUCAGUUGGUUAACAACGUACUCAAUGGACCAGAGCUACAUCGGGAGAUGGAUAGUGCGCCUGGAUUGUUACAACAUGAUUAUUGAGCACAGAACAAGAGUUAAACAUCAAAAUUCCGACAACUUGAGCAAAAAGACGGAGUCUUACGAGAGACAGGAGCAGAGGGAGGCCGACAGGCCGGAAAUCAAAGAUGGCUUCUCAUUUAUGGACCAGGAGACGUAUGACAGUCUCCCGCUAACGAGGUGGCUUGACAAAGAGGGAAACCAAUAG